AUGGCGAAGCAGUACGAUGUGCUGUUCCGGCUGCUGCUGAUCGGGGACUCCGGGGUGGGCAAGACCUGCCUGCUGUGCCGCUUCACCGACAACGAGUUUCACGCCUCGCACAUCUCCACCAUCGGUGUUGACUUUAAGAUGAAGACCAUAGAGGUAGAUGGCAUCAAAGUGCGGAUACAGAUCUGGGACACAGCUGGACAGGAAAGAUAUCAGACCAUCACAAAGCAGUACUAUCGACGGGCCCAGGGAAUAUUUUUAGUCUAUGACAUCAGCAGCGAGCGCUCGUACCAGCACAUCAUGAAGUGGGUCAGUGAUGUGGAUGAGGUAGGAGCUGCAGCCUCAGUGACAGGGUGGGGAAAGAAUGCCUCAGAGGGGCAGGCAGGGCCAGGGCUGGAGGAAGAGUGGGGCUCUCAGAGCUGGUGCACAAAUGCUGUCAGGACACCUUGCUCUCCAUAGUCCCUGAGGAAGACCUCUGGUAUGCACCAGAAGGUGUCCAGAAGAUCCUGAUAGGGAACAAGGCUGAUGAAGAGCAGAAGCGGCAGGUGGGAAGAGAGCAAGGACAGCAGCUGGCUAAGGAGUAUGGCAUGGACUUCUAUGAAACAAGUGCCUGCACCAACCUCAAUAUUAAAGAGUCUUUCACGCGUCUGACGGAGCUGGUACUGCAGGCCCACAGGAAGGAGCUGGAUGGUCUCCGGACACGUGCCAGCAAUGAGUUGGCAUUGGCAGAGCUGGAGGAAGAGGAGGGGAA